AUGGAUGAAAACAGCAAUCGGAAACUUCAAUCCGAUUGGUACUCUCCAACUCGCCUCCACAACAGUCCUGUGGAGUAUGAUUUUCCAGGAGAUAGAUUUAUACCGAAUAGGAGCCCAUCGGAUCUUGAUCAAGUCCACAGUUUGUUAACAACUCCGACUCAAAAACCCAGCAAACCCAAGUUUAAAGUUGAAUAUAGAAGAAAGCUAGAAAAUAAUCUGAAGUUGGAUGUUGAAGGAAGGCCAUUUCAAAUGCUGGUUUUUAGGGGUAGCCCAAAAUCGAGUAGAAAAUCAAACCGGCUAAUAGACGAGAUGCGACGGAGUGAUGAGGAGAUUUUGACUCAUAAGCCAUGUCAACAAUUCCCAAAGGUAAAAGAUUUGUAG